AUGCGGACUUGGUAUUAUAAUGCGUGUACAAAAUGCAAGUCAAAGGUUAUUUUAAUGGAUGUUCCAAAUGAGACGGUCAAUGACUUGGACCGGUUUGAAGAGAAAAAGAUGAUGUUUUGUCCAAAAAAAGAUUGCAAAGGCAAAGAUGUUAUUACUGAACCAAGUUACAUGAUCAAAGUUCGAGUUCAAGGUUUAGUUGGAGUGGUGAGUCUUACAAUGUUUGAUCGUGAAGUAAGAAACCUUCUGAAAAUAUCUGCUGCUGAAUUAAUAUCAAAAUAUGAAAGGUUCGACAACCCAAGUGACUUUCCAAAUGAGUUGAACACCAUGCUCAAUAAAAAAUUGGCUUUUAAGAUCGUUGUCAAGACUUUGAAUUUCUCAAAAUUUGGUCGUUCUUACAAUAUUUCCAAGAUAACAGAUAAUUUCGACAUUAUUGUUGCUUUGGAAAACAUUGAGAACAAGAAUAUCAUUGAACAUGAUAUGGAUAAUGAUUCUGUUAAUGUAAUUGGCUCAGAAUUUGUAUCUCAAGACACAAUGGGUUGUAAGGAUGUUAAUUCCCACACUGAUGAUAAUACUCAUGUGUCAAAUAUUCCAUCUGGUAAUAGUACAAGUCCAUCAUCAGUAACCGCCGCCAACAACCUCAAUUCUCCACCUACAAGUGUCAAACGUAAACUCGUAGAUAUUUAUGAUCUUGAUGAUGACGUUUAUGAAUCUUCAACAAAACCUAAUGCACCCCGUGUUGACAAUGACAAAGCUGGAAUAACAACCAAAUUGUUGAUUCCUAAGGUGGAAAAAUGA